GAUCUCAAAAAACUACGAUAAUCUGUACCACGUGAGAAAUGCCAAUGGCUACCGUUGAGUUGGCGCCUAUGCCCCAAUUAGCUGAAGCUCGAUGCAAGGAUGACGACUGGACCGGUCUGAGCGACAAGGCCGAACGACGGAGAAGGCAAACUCGGCUCGCUUUACGAGCGCUUCGAAAGCGUAAAGCAGCGCAGCGCGCGGUAAGGCUUGAAAGUGGCACUGAAAAGUUCAUUACACAUUAUAGAGAACCGGGGCAGAACUCUCAACUCCAUCUCGCGUCAACGCUUAUUAUUCCAUCUUAUGUCAGCGUCAAUGGACGUAUCGUCCCAGAGAGAUAUCUAUACCCACUGUCUCGGGAUCAUCUCCUACCUCUUCUCGAGUACAAUAUCUACCGAGCGACAAUCACAAACCUACUAAUAAUAGGUCAUAUGCACCUUAUCCAUGAAAAUUGCGGCUUUCAUGGUCCCCUCACUAUCUUUCCGAACCCUUACCAAGGCAUUAGUAUACCACCGGCUCUAAGGCGUACCAUUCUCCAGCAAACCGUCUCAUACCCGGAUUGGGUUGAUCUCAUUCCAUCUCCUCAAAUGAGAGACAAUGCGAUUAGAACGCAGCACCUCUUUACUAAUAAAGAUCUUGCGUCCGAUAUCCUCACUGGGAUGAUGGGUCAAGAGGAUAGAAAGGAUCCUGGGAUGUUAGUAUGGUCCGAUCCAUGGGACCCGAGCGGUUGGGAACUUACGGAAGGCUUUGUGAAGAAAUGGGGGUUUCUAGUUCAGGGAUGCUACGAUCUGUUUCGGUCAACCAACUAUUGGAGGAAUGUUCGAGGAGAGAGGCCAUUGUCUUUAGCAGCGAGAUAG